AUGGUAGUCUAUAAGGGCUACUAUUAUUUUAUGUCGACCACCGAUGACAAUACGGUACGUAUACGCAAAUCGAGGACAUUGGACGGCAUUAGGUCGGCCCAGAGGCAAGUGGUUUACACACACCAGCUCAAGCAUACGUGGGCACCGGAACUGCACCAGUGGAACGGUCGCUGGUAUCUGUACUAUGCGGCCGCCCGUACCGAUGAUAUUAGUACACAGCGUCUACAUGUAGCCGAAAGCGACGGGGAUGACCCUAUGGGUCCCUAUCAUUUCAAGGCCGAUCUAAUUGGUAAAACAGAUACUACAUUACAAGUGGAUGCCAGUUUCAUACAGAUCCAUAAUAAACUAUAUCUAAUGGGUGCCUACGAUGACCAAGGUAGACAACAAUUGUUUAUCAAACCAAUGAGCAAUCAGCGUAGAAGCCUACUGGCGAACGAUCACUACUGUAUCGGUUCCGACCCCUUUGAAUCACCGACAUUGGCAAAAACGGCCGGAACCUGUAUUCAAUGGGUCCGAUCGUACGCAUGUCUAUUCGGCCGGUCAUAA